AUGUGCGCGUUGCUGUGGAGAUACACAGAAAUAGAUGAAGAAAAACAAAAACAAGCAGCCAGAGAACGUCAACAAGAAAUUAGAUCCAACAUCUUGGCUCAGAUUCUUGAUCAAGAUGCUCGAGCUCGAUUAAGCACGAUAGCCAUCACAAAACCGGAUAAAGCCCAGAUGGUGGAAAAUAUGCUCGUUAAUAUGGCUCAGACCGGUCGAGUCAGAUCUAAGUGA